AUGCGGACGUUACUGAUAUUAUCGCUGUGUGCGGCCACAGUUUACGCACAGUUCGACGGGCCCACGCCACCGCGGCUCUCGAUUCCCGGAGCUUUUCAAGUAGGAGGCGCCAGACAGGGCGGCUUCAGACAAGCGAGGAUCCAAGCCGCUCCUAUACCAAUAGCCAGAGUGAGAAGGCCGGGACUCGCAAGACCAUCUUUCAAAUCCGUUGACGCAGCGCCUCGCCCCAGUCUCCAAUCCCUGGACGAACCAGCCAAACCAGUCACCGAAGAACCAGAAGAUGAGAUAGAAAUCAACACCCCAACAGCGUACGCCAAUGCGUACUCGACCCCUGAACCUCAGAAUGAUUUCUUCGAUAUCACAACGACAUCUCAGCCGAAACCACCAAGCGCCUACAACUCUUCACCUUACGCACAAACUACCCCGUCACUGCCAAAACUAGAAAACGUUAGGCCGACUCAAUACCGGCCACUUCUACCGCAAUCGUUCAGCCCGAUUAGGAACGAGCCUAGGCCGCAGCCUGUAAGGUUACAGCCACUGUCCAGCAGGCCACAACGACCGGCAAUUCGGCCGGAACCGAAGCCUUUCGUGGACGAAGAGGAUAUUCAACCUAUUAGACAAUACUCUAGGCCAACGCAAGAGCCAAUUCGCGCACCAGUAAAGAACGUGCAAAAGUACGCUUCAUCUAACCCCAGAGAAAAGAAGCCUGUAUCGCAAAUAAUCAGGAAGUACAGAGAGGAGAAUGAGGACGGCAGUAUUACAUGGGGUUUCGAAAACGACGAUGGCACGUUCAAGGAAGAAACCAUCGGUGUCGACUGCAUAACUAGAGGCAAAUAUGGUUACAUCGACCCCGACGGUCUAAGACGAGAAUACAACUACGAGACUGGUAUCGCCUGCGACAAGGCGAAGGAAGAGCAAGACCAAAAGGGCUUCGUGGACUACCAGGAAAACAAAGCAGUAUUACCAAAUGGUAUCACGAUUGAUCUCAACGCUAUGGGCAAGAAGUCGAAAAGGCCAUUUAGAUCGCCGAGUAAUCACUAG